AUGGCGUCGUUCUUCAAGUCGUUCUUGGCUGACCAGGAGGAGCUAGAGCAAGCUGAGCCUCUCAACUGGAAAUGGUUGUGUACACCUCGUGUUCCCUGCUCGAAGCCCACAAAACCGCCCCCCUUCUACAAGAUCAAGCAAGCGCUGCCAUGGACGAUUGCAAUCAUCAUGGGAUUCCAGCAUGCUCUUGCCAUGAUAGGAGGCAUUGUUUCAGUGCCCCUGCUGCUCGCAGGUCCGUUCGAUGGGAAGAUGAAGAUAGAAGAGAAGGAAUACCUCAUCUCCUGCGGCCUCAUCGCAUCGGGCAUCUUGUCUCUGAUCCAGAUCACUCAGUUCAAGCUUGGAAACACAGGCUACUACCUAGGCACAGGGAUGAUCUCGGUGCUAGGAACUUCUUUCACCUUCGUCCCCAUUGCCCGCUCCUCCAUGGCUUUCAUGAUGGCGUCAGACUCUAACAUGCAGUGCAACUCGGAUGCUGACUGCACCAGGGCGUGGGGAAAUAUUGCCGGGCUGUCCAUCCCUGGAGUGAGCAACCCGGGCCAGUGCAACGUCCUCACUAACCGCUGCAAGUACAGCGGGCAGGAGGCGUACGGAGCGUUCCUCGGAACCUCCAUGGUCUGUGCGUUCCUUGAGAUCUUCUUGAGCUUCGUCCCUCGUGCCCAGCUGAGAAGAGCCUUCCCGCCCAUUGUCACUGGAACCUGCGUGCUCCUCAUCGGGGUCGGGCUGACCGGGACUGGCAUGAAGUACUGGGGAGGAGGAGCUUUCUGCGCCGACAACUACCACAAGAGGAUGAGGGUCAUGAGGGGGCCAAACAUGGCGGGAGACUGGACGCAGAAGUAUCCCAGCAAGUCCCCAUGCUUGAAUGGGGCUUGCGUGCCCUUCAAGGGAGCGCUCGGAGGAAUCUGCUCGUACGUGGCGCCCAAGUACGAUAAGGCAAAGAACCUGACGACCGGUGACGUCACGACCUGCGAGUCGUUCAUGGACCUGCCCGGGGUGUUCCCAGCUCAGGAUGACGUCAAAAUGUCUUACACCAAGUGCACCAACAACGGGCAGGUGGUGCUGCCCUUCGGGUCGCCGGAGUACGUCGGGCUCGGGUUUGCCGUGUUCCUGACGCUCAUCCUGAUCGAAGUGUUCGGGUCUCCCUUCCUCCGCAAUUGCGAGGUGGCGCUGGCGCUGCUAUUCGGCUUCUUCAUCGCUGGGGUCGCUUCCUACGACAACAACGGGGUGAAGCAGUGGUUCGUGACCCAGGACAGGAUCCAGAGCGCUCCUGGCAUCACGUUCCUCUGGGUAUACACCUUCCCUCUCUCCGUGUACGCCCCCGCCUUCAUCCCGCUACUCAUCUGCUACAUCAUCACCACCGUGGAGACUAUCGGAGACAUCACAGCGUCAGCGGAAGCCUCUAGGGUGGAGACGGAGGGAGAGGUCUUUGACAGCAGGGUGCAGGGGGGGCUGCUUGCCGACGGGCUGUGCUCGCUCAUCGCAUGCUUGUUCACGGCUCCUCCCAACACGACUUUCUCGCAGAACAACGGGGUGAUCGCACUGACGAGAUGUGCGAACAAGAGAGCCGGGUACUGCUGCUGCGGCUUCCUCCUCGCCUUCGGCGUCAUCGCCAAGAUAGCAGCUAUCAUCGCCUCCAUCCCCGACUGCGUGCUCGGCGGCAUGACGACUUUCCUCUUCGUCAACAUCGUCGUGUCCGGUAUCAAGAUCCUCGGGCCUGAGAUCGCCAAUCGCCGCAACCGCUUCAUCGUCUGCUCCUCCCUCGCCCUUGGCAUCGGAGUUGCCAUCGUCCCCCAGUGGGCGACCAAUGCGCUUGUCCAGGGAGGGUCCAGCACGACUGCCAAGUUGGCAAGGGACUCUCUUGUUAUCAUUCUCUCGACCCCCUACUGCUUCGGGACCCUCGCCGCCAUCUUCCUCAACGUCGUCAUCCCCUCGGACCAGGAUGACCUAGAGGAGGAGGCGGAGGAGGACCAGCUCGCGGCCCACAAGCUCGAGGACGGCAACGGCGACGGCAAAGGCGUGCAGAUGAUCGCGAUGACUGGCUCUUCUCCUGAUGCCUCGGACUUGCAUGCUCCUUCGGUAAGAUGA